UCUGGAGGAGUCUUGUGAAGAAGAGGAAGAGCUCCAUUUUGGCAAGAUUUUCGCCUGCACACAUCCUCCGACCUGCAAGGAAAGGCUACAGAGACAUUUCAAGAACCUAAAGGUGCCUUCGGGGAAGCUCGGCAACUUGAAAAAUGUAGUGAACCUCAAGGUGCAGGAAAAACAGAAGCUCGCAUCCAAUGAAGAGUCGUUGGCCUUACUGAAGGAAGAAAUUGAGAAAGCUAUGCAAGCAGCAGAGCACACAGAUGAGAAUAUUCAGAGUCUGCAGGACAAAAUUCGGAUGCUCCGGAGUGAGUUAGAGGAAGAGGAAAACAAGGCUAAAAUGGUUUUCCAGGGAAGUGGCAGAGGGGUGCUCAACCUCCCAGAGCUACCAACGAACAGUCUGGAGGCACCUAUUCUGCAGGAGGAGAUUUUGAAGAUCCCAAACCAGACAGGAGUUUUGCAGAACUUGAAUACCAUCCAGCGCUCAGCUGAGAUGAGGAACAUGUUGAGUCUCCUUAAACAGGCCUAUGAAAAAGUGGACUCCCUUUGAGGAACCCAUACACUGAAGUCUGCCUAUAAGACAACUUUAUCUUGUGCUAACAAAUGCUGUUCCUGUAACAAUGUUUUUGCUCCUAAGGACUUAACUUGUAUGGUAACUAGGUGUCUUAGUCAAACUUUUAUCAGAUAAAUAUUGGAAAAAUAUGUUGACAGACGCUCAGUGGAACGGCAGUGAUAUGCGGCAUUCCCAUUGGAAUAAGAUAAGCAGAACUGAUCUGUCCAUGUAGACAUUUACAGUGUAUAUGUUGCCUUUAUUAAUACAACAGAGUUAAAACUCACAUUUACCUUUUUGGAAAGCCUUUUUUUUUCUUUAGAGAAGUAUCUUGAGAAGUGACGGACAAACAGCAGGUUUCACUAGCUCUUAAUAUUCUUUGUUUUGUAAUAUUUUUUCUUUUUGGGCGAGGACUUCUGUCUCAUUGUAUCAGACCUCUCCUGUCAGGGCUGUAGAUUUACCAUUUCAUAGGAACCUCGCAUUCACUUCAAACAGGAUUUAAUGCUCCCCUUUUAAGGUGAACCAUGUAAUUGAUAUAUAUUUUUAAUGAGUAGUUGCUAAUCCACAAUAAAUGUCCUUUUUUCAAACAAAAUUGGGUGUUAUUGAAAUGUAGAUCAAAAGCCUAUGUGAGUAAUUGAAGUUAAAGGAUCAACAUUUCAUUGUAUUAGGUGGACAGGAUUCUUUACACUCUCACUCCACUGUAAACAAAGACAAUUGCACCUGGUUUUCCUCAAGCAGUGAGGGCUGGGCUGCAGAUGAUUGUGCAGAUCUCUGAUCUCAAAGUUGUGUACUCAUCUUUUGUUUCCUUAAUUGCCAGGUCACCUUUAGCUUUGGAAAAGUGAGAUAACACAAAAUGUGCAUUUCUCAAGGGUUUUGUCACUUUGGCUGCUUGCAGACAUGAAAAAAACAACAAAACUGUGCUUUGCUGGGAGCAGCAGCAUGUUAGUUUGACCUGGCUCUGCAGCACCUGUAUAGAUCAGGUGCAUCAGUGGGGCUUUUUAUUUAAAGAUGAUUCAAUCAACUAUUUGAUAAAAGCUUCAAAAAAGCCCCAUUAAAGUGCCCGAUCUAUACAAUUGCUGCAGAGCCAGUUCAAAUUAACGCGCUGCCUCUUCUGGGCAUGUGCUUAGCUCAGUGCGGGAACGGAUUGAGUUUAAAGUGCAUUUUUUUUUGUGUUUGGCUUUUUUUCCCCCCUCAUCUGCCAGCAGCCUUUGUCUUUUUGUUAAGGCAUCUUGUUAUGUCAAAGUACUUCCCCUGUUAAAUUCCCACCUGGCAAAUAGUGACAUUGACUUGAUAGUGACCUCUCAGGGAACCUUUCUUUUGCUUACUGGCUGCUUAUCUCUCUUAAUGAGGUAAUGAGGAUAAUUUACUUGUUUUUGAACCCUAUGGGGAUUAAAAACCAUCAUGUAGUUCCUAUGUAUAGGAGCUGGAAAUGUAGAGUUGAGAACAUUUUCUUUGCAUUGGGUGGGUCAAAUGAAGCUUGUGUUUUAACCUUUCUUGAUCUGUUUUUCAAAAUGUAUGGUCAGCAGUGGAAAUGAGCACAUAUUUCUAUAACCAAGUAUUCCAUUAUGGACUGGUUGUGGUGUUAUACCUUGCGGCUGGUCAGUUAAUAAAUUGAGAUAUCUUUUA